CGCAUAUCCAAAGGCUCACAUCAUCAUUCAUGUGAAGGGCUUUUCUGUACCUAAAGUCUCAUCUCCUAUACAAUGCCAUGAAGCAUUAUUUUUAUGUAUCAUGGAUGUAUGGAUGAGUUGGAUGGAGGAUCCUUCGCUGUAGUUUACUAUUCGCUGUGUAAAAUCUGCAGCUUAUCUACUAUUUAUCGUCAACGCUAUUAUGGAUUCUUUUGCAACCACAACACAAUGAAAAAAUCACAGGGAUCGUAGCUUGUCAGUAAGUUGUUUCUCUAUAUUUGAUCCAUCGCCAGUGCAGGAAUUGGGGAACUUGUGGGUUACGAUUCGAAGAUAAGCACACCAGGGUUCAGCUUUUCGAGGGUUUGACUGCAUCUGUCUUCAUUGGGCUUCAGCUUUUAACAGAUUUUGGAAUCAGGAGUUGGUAAAUUGAAGUUUGGCAUUCUCCCUAGUAAGCUGACAUGGCAAACGCUUACUCUUUCUGGCAGUUUGGGGAGGAGCUUCGAGGCCAUGUCAGGGCCACAGAUGACCACAAAUGGAACCUGGCUGCCUCAAAGUUGGCGCUAGCAGAGCAGAUGAGAACAAAAGGGGACCGUAUGAACAGGAUAGAAACUACAGGGUCUCCUGCAGAGCCCAAGCAGAAGGGGAAAUCUAAGGGAAAACAAGAAGGGAACAAGGUUGACACCCUUAAUUUUAAACAGAUGAACCUUGAUUGGAAACAGGGUGAUAUGGGAGUUGGAGUCAAGGGAGGAUUAAAUGGAAUUUAUAAUACCAAUUCUCUGAUUCAUCACAACAAUAACAAUAACAGCAAUAACAACAACAACAACAAUAAUCACCACAGCAACAACAACAACAAUAACAACAAUAACAGCGGAAGCAACAACAACAGUGCACUUGACAAGCGCUUCAAGACAUUGCCAUCAACAGAAAUGUUGCCAAGGAAUGAGAUUCUUGGGGGUUACAUUUUUGUGUGCAACAAUGAUACCAUGCAAGAGGAUCUCAAGCGUCAACUCUUUGGUUUGCCUCAAAGAUAUCGGGAUUCUGUUAGGGCAAUAACACCAGGGCUGCCUCUAUUUUUGUAUAACUAUACAACCCAUCAACUCCAUGGAAUCUUUGAGGCUGCUAGCUUUGGGGGAUCUAAUAUCGAUCCAACAGCGUGGGAAGACAAAAAAUGUAAGGGCGAGUCUCGAUUUCCUGCACAGGUUCGUAUUCGGGUGAGAAAGCUUUGCAAACCGCUGGAGGAGGAUUCUUUUAGGCCUGUGUUACAUCAUUAUGAUGGUCCCAAAUUCCGGUUACAACUAUCUGUUCCAGAGACUCUGGACUUGAUGGACCUGUGCAACCAGAACAGUAUCUAAUGUGCAGAUGCCCGGUUAAUACCAUCUUUAGAAUGCGUUUAAUCUACCGUUUCUCUCAAAUUUAGUGUGUGGUGUUUGUUUGAUGUAAUACAAUUAAAGCUGUACUAUUUCUAUGGGGGAAGGACAAGGUCUUUCUUGUAUAGAGGGUUGAGUGAUGCAUAUUUCAGGAGUUGACUUCCCUUACAUAUUUUGACCUCUUGGAGCUAAUCAAAUUUGAAGAGCUAUGAUACUUUGGUUUGGAGGUGAUCCAGUAUAUACACAAUCUAUAGUAGCUUUUUGUGGUUGAACUCAAUGAGUUUAAAUUCUACAGAUUCAUGGUUAUGGGAGCUUACUGGACCAUAGAUUGGGUCAGUGAGAUUUUUAGAUACAGAUGUUUCUGUAACCUGUACAAAGGGUGCAGGAAGAUCCUUUAUAUAAAUAGAAUGUAAUGUAAAAGAUGGAAAGGACCAGAGUUUGACGACAUAUACAGUCUUCGUCUCUUGCAGGAGAACAGAAGUGUUAGCAUGCUUCUAUUGCUGUUCAAAAUUGUGAAUGUCGUCUUAUGCUAGUCGUGUUUGUAAUUGGAAUGACAUUAAAUAAUUUAAUGUUGUAUGCUUGGGUAUUUGUUUA